GGGACCUCGGCGAGCGAUGUCAAAAACCACGUUAUUAUCUCCCUUUAUACCACUAACCUAGUACGUCUGAAUUAAAGAUUAUUAACAGAAAUCCCUGAAGUUUCCUGAGCCACCGGUGCCCCAUACAUUGGCCCAUCCUAUUGUUAUAGACAGGAUCGAUUUCAUUCAAGAUUGUUUGAUCUUAUGAACAAUGACAUACGGUUGAUCGGCCAGUGACUCAUUAGUGCUAGUUUUUUUUAUCAGUGCUAUCUACAGACAUUUUCAACGAACAGCAAAAACUGUGACCUAUAAAUUUAAACAAAGACAGUUGCUAAAUGUGUUCAGUUUGAGGGUAAUGAACUGUGCAGGGAACAGUUUCGCGGAAGUGGCAGGAAUAAUAAUGGGAUGACACUAAAUAAAGAUUCAUGGAAAAGGUUUGGCGUCGAGUAGGUCUCCAUUCCUCUCGUAAGAAGAGGGAUGGAAGCGGGACGAGUCAGGAAGUGACAGCAACCGCGCCUCCGGAAGCAGAAUACCAAAAUAUUCAUACUUUGCGAACAGCUGACUUGAUACGACAAAGACAGGGGGACGAGAAAUCCACUCUUCGAUCUUCGUAUAUAAUCCGGAAUGGAGAUAAUUUCGUUUUAGUGGAGAGACGUCGUCGAAGGCGACGUAGAAGCGGUACUAGGGCUUCGUCAGGUGGAAGGCAUCAUACCCCGCCUGUGGAAGAGUCUACUCGUACGGAGCCAAAACGACGGCCACCAGCUCGUUUGAAACUAUUUGGUAUUCAAUGGCCUUUGCACUCUAGUGACUCCAGACAUACGUCGAUUACACGACGUUUCUGCCGCGGUCGUCGGUCACGCGAAGAUAACGAACUCUACCGAUCUAACAGCUUCAAGUUCGAACGAUUCGCGAGAGAACCGCCGGCUGAUGAAUCCGCUUCUGGCUCUCAGGCGGCAUUGUGUGCUGAUUACAGCGUACCCGUGGAUUGCGUAGGAGCGACAGCUGGUCCUGCCCCACGUCCCAGCUCUUUUCACGAGAUAUCUGCUCCUAAAGUUGAAUUUAUAGAAGCGUAUUGUACCCCACGCGACACAGCCCGCCGGUCGCCACAACGCAGCCGCCGGUCCAGAGAACCACGUCGGUCCCCCGAGAGCACUAGAUGGCGUUACGACUCCCGUCGAUCCAACUACGACUUUGAUUCCUGUCGACGACCUUACGAGUACGAAUCUCGAAGAUACUACGGGCGAGAAUUCGACGGAGAUUCUGGAAAGCGUGCGGAAUUUGACGCAGAAUCAGCCAGGCGACGUGCUGACUACGAAUCAGCCAGGAGAACAGACUUUGAUUUGUCUGCUCCUGGUGUAUCUAGGAGAAGCCCUGAUAGUGCACCAGAGGUUUCAACUGAAUCUCCGCCUGAACCGGCUCCGUCGGCAUCAUUAAGAAACGACAGGCAGUCUAGGCACCGUUCACAGCCGUAUUACGAAUCAGAAUCAUCUUCGGAAGGUCCAUCAUCGUCAACUGAAGAAGAAGAGGAGGACGAGUUUGGUGACUUUGAUCCAUUUGCUACAGCCCCAUCGUUGCACUCGCCUGAUAGCGGGCGUUCAGAUCCCAGAUACGCUAACGCUCCGCGCAGGAACCCAAGCCCUUAUUAUUACGGGGACCUAUUCAAGACUCAGCCAACGCAGCUAACUCCAUCUGCUCCAACGGCGUCUACAACUUCAUCGUCACGUGGUCCACGGUACAGAAAAUCAGCCAGUCUAGACGCUCCACACGUCGCUCCACGCCCAAAUCUGCCGAAACGAUUCUCUGUAGCUGAAGAUGGCUUCCGUGAGCUAGAACGGUCGUCGUCUUCGUCAGGUGAGAGCGCGUUGAUGCCGCCAAGGCGCCGCGGGCGCGACGCGGCCGGCUGUGCGUGGGCCGCGCGAGAAGAUGUAGAGGAGCAUUGCUCUUCUCGCAGCGUCUUUUACGUGCCGGCGCCGCUGCCCCGCUGGCCGCAAGAGAUGACCACACGACAGAUCUAUGAAACAGCGUUUGAUUGCAAAGUUGAACGUUCUGAUGAUGACCUCGAUGAUUUUGAUCGCGUCAGUAACCACCCAGCUCUUUUGCAAGCCGAAGAACGUAAAGUUAUUUCGUCUGCAUCGUCGGCAUUUGAAGCGGUGGAGCGUAGCGAACCAGAUUAUAAGGGUCGUCGCAAGGUGACCAUGAAGACAGAUAGUGUUCGGCGUUCAAAGAUUCCGACUAUUCGUCAGAAGAGAGAGAAUGAGACUAACCCUUCUGCCUUAUCAGAAGAAUUGGAAAAGGUACACAUUGAGGAGGGAGAUCGCAAUGCAUCAACGUCGCAACUUCCACUGCGAGGCUAUACGCCAUCGCCUCCAUCGACAGCACCUUUACCAACUAAAUUUCAACAAAAGGAUGGCUCUGCAAUGAACAGCAUAAAAAGUGCCCCGAACUUACCACAGUCUCAACCCGCCCAUCCUCGCUUAAAAGAUCUUAGAUUACCUGUAAAAUCACUGCGAGCUCGGGAAACGCCUACGAGCAGUGAUGCUAGCAUGGUCGACGUUAAGGGCUCAGAACAAGAUGUUGGACAACGUUUAAGAAAUUCAAGUCGCGAAUCUCGGGACGGAGAUGAUGACAGAGGGCAAUCAAAGGACGGUAUUUUUUUAGAGAUUAAGGGUCGACCCACUUCCGAUUCUGACACACCUGAAUUGAAUCGGUAUCCGGGGCCAAAGGGGGUCGGCCCUAUAAUGGAGUUUAAAGGUAGGCCAGUUGUCACGAGACCGCGUCGCAAAUAUUCCAGUACAGAAAGCAUGGCUACAAGCAGUAGUGGUGGUAGCAUGGAAUCGUUGCGAAGUAGUAAUAGUGAAGGUGAUCGGAGUAGUAGUAGUUCGGAAAGUAGGCAUUCAUCUUCUCUUAGCUCGCAUAGUUCAGAUUCUGGAAAUGUACCAUUGAUGAAAUCGCAUCAUAUGCAACUGUCGGGGUUUGGGCACCAUCCUACUAAGUUGCAUAUUCUUAGUCCAAUAUCCGACAAAUCAUCACAAGAGCCAGCAUCAGAGACCUCUGACAACAAUAAAAACAAUAACUCGCAAAAGGUUUCUCCUGAAGACAAUGAAAUUGGCAAUACGACACUACAAACUACAGUAGAGAUUGUUGCUAAACCUAAGCGACGUGCUUUGCAAAACCGAAACCUUUUGAAUCUCACAUUUAGACAUUCCACACCUGGAGACACUGAAAUUCAAGGCUCGGACAGUGGCAUAUCAAUUCAUUCAAGAGAAGGCGUGGAUUCCCGAAAUGCUUUCAUUAAUUUCAAAAACAGUAAUACUGAAGAAGAACGUAAGGACGAAGACGAGGAUUUUUCUGAUCUUCCAUUCGACAUGCCGAAAUUAAGAAGGCGACGCGCUGAAGCUGAAGCUGACUUACGAACUUUGCCAUUCGAUAUGCCAAAACUUCGUCGAAAGCUGCGUGGACAAUCCUUGCAGCUUAAUAAUGACUUUGGAGGACCUAUUUCUAAUGCCUCCUCUAGCCAAAGCGUUCAAGAUUUAAAUCAAGGAAACAAACAUAAAGCAAAAUUGACGUUGAAUUUCAAUAACGGUGGCAGUGGAUCCAGAUUUAAGGGUUUACAUUUGAAUUUGGGACCUAUAGCUCCACCUCGGGAUCUCGUUGACGCUUCUCUUCCACUUGACCGGCAGGGGUGGUACCACGGAACUUUGACGCGCGUUGAAGCAGAAGGUCUGCUUAGAGACGCUGAAGAAGGCGCAUUCUUGGUCAGGAAUAGUGAAUCUGCUAAACACGACUAUUCGCUUAGUUUAAAAUCGACUCGUGGUUUCAUGCAUAUGCGAAUUUGCCGUGGCACGGAAGGAUACACCUUAGGAGGUGCCAACACAGCAUUCACCACAGUUCCUGCUCUGAUGCGACACUAUGUCACAGCUCAGAGACUGCCUGUGAGGGGAGCAGAACAUAUGGCUCUGUCCACACCAUUGCAAGCCGUUAUGCUAUGAACGCAUCAAGUAUGAAAUUUGGUAGUAAUCAGAAAUCGCAAAGAUCAUGCGGUGACCAACCAAGUAAAUACGGUUGGUCAAAUUCGAAGUUCUCGGAAGAUGUAAAUAGAAGCAAUCAGAACCUGAAAGACAGAUGAUAUGUUUAGGUUCCUUCUCGUUUUGAUUGCUGAAGAAAGCACAAUUGCAAAGCAGGAGUUAUUUAUUGUAUUUAGCUUAGUCCCAGUGAAUACCAAAGAUUUAGUGCUUGGCAUCGUACACGUUUGCUAAGUACAUCGGACUUGUAAAUGUUACUGCUCAGAAUAAUGUAGAGGCACAAUCAUGCUGUAAUUUGUUAAUGCUAGUCCCAUACCGCAGCAACUUAUAUUAUGUAUUACUAUUUAUUCGCAUGUACUUUGUAAUCAAUAUUUAUUUCACAAUUAAUAAUAGCUAUAAAAUAGGUACUUUUCAUUAAUGCUUUGUAUUACGGUAUUACUCAUACAUUAUAUCACAAGGAUCAAUAUGUCAUAUUUCGUGUUAUGAAAGAUAGUAUAUAUUUAUCAAGUUAGCUACAAUAGGUUUACGUCAAACGAUAUGAUAAAAACUGAUGAACUUAUGUUUUGAAAGUCGUUAAUUUUAAUUGCUGCUAACUUUGUAGUUAGGCAUACAGCGAUUUGUAUUAUUAUCUUAUUGAAUAAGAUUGUAUAUUUACGGCCUAAUCUCAUUAAUUUCCUCUAAUAAUAAUCAAACUCUGAAAUUCAGAUUCGAGUUGUAGCGGCGUUAGCACCGCAGUGAAACUGUGAAACAUUUGGAAUAUUUCCACCUUUUAUAAAAGCAAGUUGUUUAACGAUGUUAUUCAACAAGGUCAAAAACAUAAUACUAGAUUGCAAAUGGCCGUGUAUGUAGAUAGCAAACAGUAGGUGUAUGUAUAGAUGUCAUUUACAUGUGAAAUCGAUUUAGAUUUUGAACCUACAGCCGUAUAGAAGACGGUUGUAUUUUGAUGUUGCUAAUAUACAUCCGUGACUCAUCUUUUAGGUUGGGCAGUCACGGAAUUUGUAUUGAUUUAGUUGUCAAUUUGGACACGAGAGGAAAGAUUUCCUUUUUGCAUUUUCAUCUGUAUUACUUAUUUACAUUUAGAUACAUUAACGGUAUAUACAGGAUUUAAAUCCACCCACACAUUCAAUCGAUGCAAAUGAAUAAAUUAAAAAAAAUUUAGCGUCAAAUAGAAUCAUUCUUCAAUAUUUUUAGCACUUAAGGUAACCCCAAUAUUAUAUGGCACAUAAACGUACUUUAAGACCAUAGAAAAGAUUGCACAUGUUAUAUAUCUUACACUUGGACUUAUUUAUAUUUUUUGUUAUAUUAGGAUUUAAGUAGGAUUACGGAAUGGUGAUCAUGGGGCCCUUGGAUCAGUAGGAAAAUUCUAUUCAUAGUUAUGACUUGCUUUUGUUCAAAAGACAACGAUAUAAACUUGAUUCAAAACCAUGAUGUGACUAUGUAUAGAGUAACAAGUUAUUGGAUGGUUGGAUUUUUCUGUGAUUUUGAUUUUCAUAAAAGCCAAAAAAAAUGUUGUGUGUAAAUUAAGUUGUUCGUAUUUGUACUAUGCUUUACUGAAGCUAACAUCCAGAUUAAAAAGUUGGUAACAACCUGAUCUCAAAUUUCUUCCUAUGGAUGUUUCAGUUACCUCUAGACUUAUUUUCUAUUAAUUUGUACC